AUCACUUGUUUCUUUGUCGUCGCGUCCCGCGUGGAAACUGACCUAUUAUGUGGUAUCUAAAUGCCGCACAUGAUAUAGUUUAUUCUAAGCCAGAUUUAUAGUUUUGGAUAUGGAAAAAAAAUUAAAGUGGUUUACGGGUCGUGCAGUUUUUCAAAUUAUAUUUUUUGGUUAAUUUUCGAACUAAAACAUGGAACAUGUAUACUUUUGAGGCUUUUGAGGUAUAACAGCGGUAUCUAUUUCCCCCAACAACUGAAUAUAUCCUCGUUGAACUACAAGUGUACACCAGCGCUGAAUUGACUUGGACGAAUAUACGCAGACACUAUAUACGCGGGCAAAUUACUUCCCACCACACAAACAGUGUAUUGAGUAUUAAAGCCUGUCAUGCCCGCCCAUUGGAUAUACACGUAGUGUGUGUAAGCGCGUUGUGUGUAUGCACGGGAUAUAUAUGUUUUACACACACUGCGUGCAUGCUUCGCUGUUUGGAACGGCUAAGUUUACACAUGAAUCGAGUAUUCAUGGCCCGGACACCAAGGCGUUUCUUGAGGAUUUAGAGUAUUGGAAUAUAUCAUCGUCGAUUUUUACAUUUAUUCUGGAUUCUUAAAAGGAGUCAGUUACCUAUUGCCGUCAUGUAUCCGCAGACCAGGCAUGCAACACCCCAUCAGCCUGGGCAGCCAUUCAAAUUCACAAUUCCAGAAUCAUGUGAUCGAAUCAAAGAAGAGUUUAGCUUUUUACAGGCACAGUAUCAUACGUUAAAGAUGGACUGUGAAAAAUUAGCUCAGGAGAAAACAGAAAUGCAAAGACAUUAUGUGAUGUACUAUGAGAUGUCAUAUGGACUCAACGUUGAAAUGCACAAACAGACAGAAAUAGCAAAACGGUUGAAUGCCAUCUGUGCUCAGAUCAUCCCAUUUUUAUCACAAGAGCAUCAACAGCAAGUAGCAGCAGCAGUAGAACGAGCUAAGCAGGUUACUAUGACAGAACUAAACGCCAUCAUUGGGCAACAGUCUGCAUUCCCACACUUCUCAGGUCAAGCAGCCAUGCAGCACCCUCUUCCCCAUGCACAUGCUCCUCCAGUACCAAUGCCGCCCCACCCCGGUGCUGGGGGGAUACCAGGCAUCCCAAGCAGCAUGUCUCAGGGUCUUCUGCAGCUCACUAAUGCUAUGACUUCUCAAGCUCAGUCACUACCCUCAUCAAAAGAAGAUAAAGGUCCAGAUCUGAGGAACUCGAUUUCUCCAAUGGAUCGUAAUUCAGAUAAAUACCGAAACUCAGACCAUGGUGAGGGUAGCAGUAAAAACAUGCCAAAGCGGAAAAGAGACGACAAGGAUUCAGGGGACAGUGACUGUGAAAAGAGUGAUGAUAAUCUCAUUGUUGAUGUUGCUAAUGAGAAUCCUCCAUCACCUGCUCCAAAUGGUAGUCAAAUGUCACCGAGAGAGAGGGAAAGAGAAAGGGAAAGAGAAAGAGAAAGAGAGAGAGAAAAUGCCAUGGACAAGCACCGGGCAAAGAAAGAGAGAUCUAGCACGCCCAACAGUAUUGCAUCAAGUGCAAGCUCACCACAGUCAAAACCCAGAGAGAAUGAAAAUGAUAAACGGCCGGGAUCGCCUGCACCACCGAAAUCAGAGACGCCGACGAGCAGUGGAGCUGCAACGCCGGGUUCUAGCAGCAGUGCACAGGGUAUCAAGCCUCCAGUAAACAAAGUACCUCCAAGUAUAGGCCCUGGUGGAGUCAACCAUGAACUCAAUCCAUACAUGCCUCCCGGAAUGCCAAGUAACCUCUCACCCGGAGCACUGGGUCCAUACAGACAUCCUAUGUUUAAUCCAGGUCCUGUUCCCUUUGACCCUCAUGCGCAUACAAGAAUUUCAUCAAUUCCCGGCAUACCAGGUGGUAAACCUGCGUAUUCAUUUCACGUGAGCGCAGACGGUAAAAUGCAACCCGUCCCAUUCCCACACGACGCUUUAAUCGGUCCCGGGAUACCUCGUCAUGCACGUCAAAUAAAUACUCUAAAUCACGGUGAGGUGGUGUGUGCUGUGACUAUUAGUAAUCCUACCAGGCAUGUCUACACAGGAGGAAAGGGUUGUGUCAAGGUGUGGGAUAUUAGCCAAUCAGGUAACAGAAGUCCAGUGUCUCAGUUAGACUGUCUAAAUAGAGAUAACUACAUCAGAUCUUGCAAGUUACUACCAGACGGGAGAACGCUCCUGGUUGGAGGAGAGGCCAGUACUUUAUCCAUAUGGGAUUUAGCAGCAGCUACACCACGUAUCAAAGCUGAGCUGACGUCGAGUGCUCCAGCUUGUUAUGCCCUGGCCAUUAGCCCUGAUUCCAAAGUCUGCUUCUCGUGUUGUAGUGACGGUAACAUUGCUGUAUGGGAUCUUCACAACCAAACGCUCGUCAGGCAAUUUCAGGGGCAUACUGACGGGGCAAGCUGUAUUGAUAUAUCACCAGAUGGUUCGAAGUUAUGGACAGGAGGGUUGGACAAUACCGUCAGAUCAUGGGAUCUCAGAGAGGGUAGACAACUGCAGCAACAUGACUUCACAUCUCAGAUCUUCUCACUGGGAUACUGUCCUUCAGGAGAAUGGCUUGCUGUCGGGAUGGAGAGCAGUAAUGUUGAAGUCCUCCAUCACACCAAGCCUGAUAAGUAUCAGUUACAUUUACACGAAAGCUGCGUUCUUUCUCUCAAGUUUGCUCACUGCGGCAAAUGGUUUGUCAGUACAGGAAAAGAUAACCUCCUCAAUGCCUGGAGGACUCCAUACGGCGCUAGCAUAUUUCAGUCCAAAGAGUCAUCGUCCGUUCUUUGCUGUGAUAUCUCAGUGGACAACAAAUUCAUUGUGACGGGAUCAGGUGACAAGAAAGCAACUGUCUAUGAAGUUAUCUACUAGAGGAACCUAUCUGGAUAGGUACUCUUGUUGUUUUCAGCCUGUUCAGGCCAUGAACUUUGAUGAGAUUAGAUGCCGACUGUAUGAGUAUCACAUCGUGUUCCUACAGAGAUAUAUCAAAUAUCAUUGACCAAGUAUUCAUGUAAGACGUCGCUGUACAUUGACAGCAGGUGACAAUGAUGUUUUCGUAUGAUUAUGCUCUUCGUUUUCUAUGAAUUUUUAACAAAUUUUUUCGGGUUUUUUUUUCUGUUGUGUCAAGAUUCGGACCAAAGUUUUGUUGAUCUAUAAAAUGGGAUGGACGAUGAUACAGAUUCAAGCAGCACCGGAAGACAACCAUAUGUAUUGCUAUACUUGUUCAUUUUGUGCCAUUAAGUGUGUAAUGGGCAAUGUAAAAAUCCCACAAACAAAAUCAACUCUUGACCAACCAAUCAUAUCAAAUGACACAUCAUUGUUUGGUUUGGAGUUGGUUUCGUUUGUUUGACUUUGAUAUAAUACACCCAUAGGCCCGUAUUCUGAACUCUGGUUUAAAUUAAACCCUGGUUUAAAAUUGUGGUUUAACUAUAGAGAGCCAAUUGGAGCACAAAAUCCCUAACAGUACACAUUCAAAUUAUUAACUCAUAUGGCACCCAAAUUGUUCAUAAUAGUCCGGGAAUGAUAACUCAGGUAUUUUUCUUCAUUAUGAAAGUAAAAGGAUACAAAAUACUCAACAUCAGAAAUAUACAACCUAAACAGAAUUUUUGAACUUUUGGCUCCCCAUAACUUUAGCACAGAGUUAGACCAUGGUCUAAGUUAAACCUGACUUCAGAAUACGGGCCAUACUGGUUAAGGUUUACAUCCAUGGUGACUUGAAAUAUUCCCCUACUAAAAAUCUUAAAUCUAGAUAUUUUAAAGUCAUUUCUUCAAGGCUGCAGUGUUAGGGCUGCGUUAUUAAUCACCUUUAGUGAUAUUUUUGUUUAAAACUUCUCACACAGUUUAUAUAUCAGGGAGGGUAGGUGGCGACAAGAUGUUGCAGAGACGGAACACUUCCUUCUGUCGUAACCUGAUAAUAGAAACUGACGAUGAAUCCAAUCCUUCCAAAAAAAAUAUUCUAAAAAUAAGUUUGUUGAAUGUUAUGCAGGCAUGCCCGUGACAUCCCAUUUAAAAUGGUUAUGACAUAUAACAUGAUAUGGCAUCAUAAUAGAAUUAUGAUUGAAAAUGAAAAUCUGUAUUUUAUUGUUGGAUAUAAAAUCUGAAAGAGAAAUGCUCUGAAAAUCCUUUUUUCCCAAUUGAUAUUGUUGGUUGUCUCCACAACCUCAGGCAAUUAUCUGAGGGUUGAAGCAUUUAUGAACAUAAGAAGGGCAAUGUUUCACUAUGUCUGAAUACUACAAAACCUGUGUUUUAAUCUUGUGACUGUACAAGGCUUAACAAAGACAUCUGUGCCUUUGCUCCUGAUAUGACCUUGGCAAUCAUUUCUAACUUUGUAUAGUCAAACCUGUUUAACUCACUGAGCAUUUUUUAGAAAGAGUAUCUGCCUGUGAAGGUCACAUACUAAUUGAAAACUCCCUAUAGAAAGCACAUGUCAAAAAUACAAAUUUUUUGGCUCCCCUGUGUGGUCACUGCACAGAGAUAUUAGUCCUCAUACCUGUGCAUCCCACCCCUUACAUGUUUUUUUUUACCUUGCUCCCCCCUCCCCUUUCACUUGAAUCAUACCCAUCUCACACACUCCUUGUAUCCCCAUGCUAGUUUUACCUACCUCUAUAUAAAAAUGACUAUUUUACCUUUACUCAUGCACUUCUGAAUAUUGGUUUUGACUAUGUUCUCAUGUAGCUUGAAUACAAAAUGACCAAUCACGGCAUGUCGCACUGUCGUGAAAAAAAAUUGUUAGAAUCAUAUCUAUGAUGAAUGCUAGAAAUCUGCUUAUGCAGAUAGAUACAUAGUUCAACAAUAUCUCCUUUCCUAGAACCGACAUAAAAAAAAAAUCAGAUGUGCCUUUGUUGCUUUGAAUUGUGACGAGGAAUACAUGUAUGUUUGCCCUUUAGAAGUUUGUUUAACUUUGAUCUACAUGGUGGUCUGUAUUCACUUGGUCUACAGUCAGUUGGUCUACUUCUUAUAUAGUCUUAUACCACAUAGGCUAAACCUAUUUGGUCUACUAUAAAUUUGGUCUAAAUGUUAUUUCCUCUGUACUACACUUAGUCUAAAGCCCACUUAGUCCAAAUCUCACUUAGUAUAAUAUAACACCCAGAUGGUUGAAUUCCCACUUCGUAAGAUAAUUAUUUUUUCACUUAAGUGAAAAUUUGAUUAAUAGACAGUUUAUCUAUUGGGGUAUUUCAAGAAACUUGCGAUCGAUUACAAACCUAUUUUCAUUCUCUAAAAAUCAAUUAUGAGUAUUGAAUUAUUUGCAAAUUUGCAAUUUAUUUUUAAUCUGCUUCUUGAAACGAUCGGUGUAACCUGAUUAGCUACAGUUAAAAUUGAUCUAUGAAUUGUUAAAUUGCAACAGAAUUUUUGCAAUUGAUUGCAAAUGUUUUCUUGUAAUACCCAUUAAGUAUUUAAACUUGAUGGUGUUAGACCAAGUGGAGAUGGGACGGAAGUGGGAGUAGCCUAACUGGGUACAAGGCAACAUUCUGAAUGAGCUAGAUGGCAAUAAGACCAAAUGGCUAGUAGGAGUUAUAAACAACGAAGGAUUAGACCAUGUGGAGUGAGACCGAAUAGGAAGUGUAUGAAGCACAUGUAGACAAGGGCCCCGGCAUACAAAGAGGUACGAUUGAUCCUAUUAACCUCAACUAUGGAAAGCCAGCACCAUCUAAAAUACAUGUUUGUUCAAAAAUAUUUCUAGAUCUGAUAUAAAGUCAUACAUUCAUUUUUGUUGUUGAAAACUCAGUGUGCUUUUCUUUGCUUACAAAGGACAUAGUGCAAAUUUCCUUAGGAAAAAACAAUGAUUGCAUUCAUAGAUUUCCAUAUACUUAAAGUUGAUUGGAUCAAUCGUAGCUCUUUGUAAGACGGGGCCCCAAGUGUCAAUUUACCCAAAUGGCCGUCAUUCAUUGCAGUCUUUUCUCUUUCUUUUCUUCAAUGCCCUUGUGAUAUAUUCCAUGUAUGAAAGAGAAAUUGGUCAAAUGAUGUUAUAUAAUGACUCUGACAUUCCAUCUGUGUAUGUUAUGUUUAUAUUUAUAUACCAUACAAAUCAACUAAGUCAUAAUUUCAGUCUAACAAUUCUCUUCUGUUUAAAAAUGUCACCAGCUGGAAUAUAUGUAGAGGAGAUGAUAUGUUUUCAGGUCACUUUUUGUCAUCAUAAUUGUAAUUGCAAUUUACCUGGUCUUUAUUUGAUAAGAAAAUGAGAAUUAUUUGCCUCGAAGAUGAACCCCUUCCAUUAUCGUGUUUGUAUUUUGUUUUACAUUAUGUAAUGUCAAAACUCGACAAAUACUAUUCAGGGCAUCAGAUUUAAAAGUCUAUUUCUUUCAAAGCUGCAUAUAUCAUUUAGCCACCUUAAAUCACUUCUGAGCCAGUCUAAUCGCAUUGAAGUAUAUCACAUGGGAAGAAGUACUAGUUAUCAACAUCUUUAUCUUGUACAAAUCACCAUCAUUCUGUAAUUAGGAAAGAACAAUUCAGAAAUUUGUAAAUUAGGAAAGAACAAUUCAGAAAUUUGUAAUAAAAUCAUCUCUAUGUACCCAUUUUAAUUUUACGACUCAAUUCAUUUCAAAUUUGAAAAACUUAAUCCCAAAAGUUAAAAAAUACAUCGUCUUUGAAUAAAAUUGAGUUAUUAUAAUACCAUUAUUCAGGUAGGAAACUGUCUUUGAACAAAUACUUCCAUCGCCAUUUUGAAAACAACCAUAAAAAACGGGCACUAUCAAACAUCAAUUUUUUUUAACAUGCCUGUGUAAAUUAUAUUAAACAAAUGCAUUGUUCUCUGGAAUGGCAAAUGACUGCAGGCUUUUUUAGAAAUGGAUUCUUUAAUUGUAUAUGUUUGACAUGAUUACAGUAAAGAUACAUGUGUGUACUGUAAACUUGUCAUUUUGGCCUUCCAGAUUUUUCAAUGGAUUUUAGGUUCACUCGCUCUCUACGACACUAUUUUCAGUUAUGAAUACCCGCAUGAAAUUCAUAUCUUCAUGGUUUUGUAGGGAUGUGUGUUUGUGCAUAUUAUAAUGGGACAGCUCUGGGGCAUAAAGGACUAAGGAUUAUUGUAACUUUGCUAUUGUGGGAACUACCAACUACCAUGGUAACGGCUCAAAAGCCAAUCAAAAUCAAGGUUUUUACAGUAGUCAGCAUGUGAAAGGGCUCCAGAUAUUCAUGACAUUGAUUUUUGUUUGCUGCUCUCCUUCCAGGUUAGAUGAACAUGUUUGUGACAUGACUUAAUUUGUUGAAGUUGGCAAGAGUUAUUAUGAUAGCAACCAUACUAAAGGAAUGAUAAUAAGACAUAAUUUGGCCUGAAUUGGUUCAAGCUAUAAGCAAGUACAUUCCUACUAAGCCCCAUUGCAAUAAGUGUAAACUUUCCUAGUUAACAACUAUUUUAACCAGUCAUUUUCACACUGCUAAAAAUGGGACUCGGUAGGUACAUGUAUUUUUAUAGCCAUAUCUCGGACUCCCAUCAACUGGUUCCUACCUACAUGUAACUCUGGUUGUGGAUGUCUUUCAUCAUGCUCCACCAAGAUGUAUAAAAACUCUGAAAUGCCCCCCCCC